UGUUUGGAGGCCAUAUUGGGACAGUUUGCAAUGGGGUGGCACAGGUAGAAACAGUAAAGAUGAGUAGGAGGGACAAACCUUAUCAAAGGAGGAACUGCAGCAUUUCCUAGCAGAGGGAAAAGGGAAAAAGACUUACUGUUUUGGAGGGCAAAAGGGGUGGGCACAGGGCAGGACAGUCUUCUCAUGUUGAGAUGGACUAAGUGACAUUAAUGGAGAUGGGGAAAUGGAGUGCUCACUGCCCCGUCUGAGACCUUUUACCUCUUAGGGUCUUUCGAGAUUCCUUCAAUGAGUCUUGACUUUUCCCCAUAAGUGUUAACAGAGAAAUGCUGUACUUUUUGUUAGUCCCUCUGCAGAGGAACCAGUAGGACAAGCUCUAUUGACUCACUGUUGUACUGUUUUUAGAGAUGUGUCUUGCAUGUGAAACGUCAGUGCUUUAAGAUGACCUGCAGUAUCUAAAUACAGGCCUGUUACUGCCACUGCAAGGCACAAAAAUAGGUUUUGUUAAGGCGUGUUUCAGAGCAGCCUGCUUACUGCAAAAUGCAUCUCCUUUAGCUCAAAUGAUCAGAAUUACAUAAAUAAUGACCUUGUACAGGCAUGUGAGCCUUUUCUGUGACUUAAAGACAAAGGCUACAAACUCGUCAGCAGUAUUGGCUUUCCUAAAGAUGUUUCUGGUGGUUAAAAUGACAAGGAGACUGUCAAGCUUAUUUUGUAAAAAGUGCUGUAUGUAACCAGUAUUCUUUCAGCUUUUCCUGGAAGAACUGCAAAUGCAAGGGGCUUUCUGAAAACUGAUAGAGGCUUUUCCUCCGUCCACUUCACAAGGUUACCAGGUUAAUGAUUAGUUAAGGAGAAUGUGUUUAUAUCAGCCAGUGCUACUGGCAAGGAAUAUUGUUCGGGCGUAUUAAUAACUUUAUUUGUAGCCUGCUUUUGCACUUGAUUCCUGUUGAUCCUCUCCCUUCUGAGUCCUCCAGGCUUUGGAGGUGUCUUUGUAUCCAGCGUUGUUCUGGUCCUACAACAGCGAGCACUUUUCAAGUUCUACAUGAUCGCCUCAGCGUUUCUGCUGGCUGCAACUUCAGUGUUGGUGAAUUACUAUGCUGCUUUGCACAUAAACUUCCACAGUGCCUACUACACACCUGUAUUUGGAAUUCAGAUCUUCCUACAAAAAGGACCUUCGCUAUGGAUGGCACUUUCCAUCCUUCAGCUUACCUUUGGAAUCGGAUAUGUUACACUGCUAAACAUGCAGUCCAUAUACUCUCAACUCAUCAUCCUGGAUAUACUGAUUCCUGUAAUUGGCUUGAUUGUUGAAUUACCUUUAAAUGUCCGGCAAGUACUUGUUUUUAUUUCAGGCCUAGUUCUGACACUAAAUACUACAGCCAUUUUAGUUACGAAAAUUAAGUGGUUCUAUUAUUCGGUACGAUACGUUUAUCUGCUGGUGAGGCACAUGUAUCGUAUUUAUGGAUUACAGCUAUUGAUGGAAGAUACAUGGAAAAGGAUUCGGUUUCCAGCUGUACUACGUGUCUUUUGGCUAACAAGACUUACAGCACAAGCUGUUGUAUUAACGUAUGUCGUAAAGAUGGCUGAAAACAACACGGAAGAAAAAUUCUUCUUAAUAUCGUGGGAUAACUGUUGGGAACUGAUUUGCAGCCUGAUCAUCAGUGGGUGUGACUCUACUUUAACUGUGCUGGGCAUGAGUGCUGUCAUUUCCUCAAUAGCGCAUUAUUUGGGACUUGGUAUCCUGGCCUUCAUUGGAUCAACUGAUGAGGAUGACAAAAGGCUUGGGUUUGUAGCACCCGUCUUGUUUUUCAUUUUGGCUCUGCAGACUGGUUUAAGUGGGCUGAAACCAGAGGAACGAUUAGUUCGCCUGAGUCGAAACAUGUGCCUUUUGUUGACUGCAGUCCUGCAUUUUAUCCAUGGAAUGACAGACCCCGUGCUGAUGUCUCUCAGUGCCUCCCAUGUGUCAUCAUUCCGCAGACACUUUCCUGUACUGUUUGUCUCUGCUUGCCUUUUCAUUCUUCCAGUUCUGCUCAGUUACAUCCUCUGGCACCACUAUGCACUAAAUACUUGGCUUUUUGCAGUCACAGCAUUCUGUGUAGAGCUUUGCCUAAAAGUAAUAGUUUCUAUCACUGUUUAUAUAUUGUUUAUGAUUGAUGGCUACUAUAAUGUGCUAUGGGAAAAACUUGAUGAUUAUGUUUAUUAUGUUCGCUCAACUGGCAAUAUUAUUGAGUUUAUAUUUGGAGUAAUCAUGUUUGGAAAUGGAGCUUACACAAUGGUUUUUGAAUCGGGAAGCAAGAUUCGCGCUUGCAUGAUGUGUCUGCACGCGUACUUCAACAUCUACCUGCAAGCCAAGAAUGGCUGGAAGACUUUUAUAAACCGCCGGACUGCUGUGAAGAAAAUCAACUCGCUUCCAGAGGUAAAAGGGGCUCGGUUACAUGAAAUUGACGAUGUCUGUGCAAUCUGCUACCACGAGUUCACCACCUCUGCACGCAUUACUCCGUGCAACCAUUACUUUCACGCACUUUGUCUUCGGAAGUGGCUGUACAUUCAGGACACAUGCCCGAUGUGCCAUCAGAAAGUGUAUAUUGAGGACAAAGAAAAUGCCAGUAUCUCUAACAACAACGGGUUUGUAGCACCAAAUGAAAAUCCUGUACGGGUUGCAGAAGAAGCUGCUGAUGCUGAAAAUGAAUUAAAUGAAGAUAAUGACAGUUCUGAUAGUGACGAGGAAGAUGAUGACUGUGUGGCACAGCACUUGAAUGAGACUCUUAAUGUUGACUCUAACUCUCUUGGUGAUUAGGAAGUCCUUUACUAAGCCGUGAGGUAUUUGUUCAAGAUUGACUUCAGCAGAAUAAAAGUAUCACUUUGUAGUUAUUGUACUUAAGCACAACAGCAGUAUCUCAAUGUUGAGUCUGUGAAUGGUGGUUGUUUACUGUGGUGUGUGCUACUGUAAAUAUACCUCUAAUUUUUGCUGGUCUUUUUCAUGACCACCUUAAAAUUAUGUACAUUAUUGUACAUGGAAUAAAAUGUUUUCACGUUUUUAAGAUGGUGGGAAAAACACUCUUUAAUUGAUGUAGUGAUAAUGCUGUGCCAAAGACUGUAUACCAGUAAUCCCCAAUCAAUGUCUUCUCGAUGCAAAUGAAAAAUACUGGUGAAAACAGACUGUUCAGCCCGUCAACUCAGAAAUGAAAGCCUGAGCCAAAGCAGCUUUACUUACAAAUUCAGUAUUAGCAGAGCUUUAUUGCAAAAAACUAGUGAGUUGUGUUUUUAAAAAAUAAAUAAAAAUUUAGGUUGGUAGACUUAAUGCUAUAGCAUUUGCAUAUGUGCAACAAAAGGCGACACUGCUCAGCUUUCUGGUGAAGCAGCAAAGCGCAUGCCAUGGAUGUGUCCCACCCUCCUGAACUGCCAGCAAUAGCUUGAAGUGCUUUACAUGUGAAUGCAGCAGCCUGAUGCUCAUCCUGGGCCUCCACUGCUAACUGGAGUUACAGGCAUGGGCUGGCCUUGAAGUCGAUCCUUGAAUCUUGACGAAAGGGGAACAGGGCUGACAAACUGCACAAAUGCAGACCACCUUUUCAAAAGCAGCUUUAAUCUUGUACCAUAAAAAAACCCAAACCCACUACACAUUGGCUUCCACUGAUUAGAACUUGCAGGUAUGAUGAUUUUAAAGUUUUUGCAAUAUAUUUACUGAAGUUAUGCUGAAUAAAUGUAAGAAAAACAACUUUACAUAUUUGGAAAGAAGACUUUAAUGGUGUUGUUAUAUAGAGUGUUGGCCAACUCAAGUGGGUCAUCUUCUCUUACUGCUGCCAUUAUUUCCAGUAUUUGACUAAAAAAAGAAAGAUUUAUAUUACAAGGCUGAAACCCAGUACUUCAGAAUGUACUUCAGAAUGCUGCAUGUGUAUGUACAAGUCACUAAGAUUAAGCUGGAAUAAAAACCUACACUAAGAGCAAUAGGGCAGGGUGCUCAGAUAUGCAAAUAGCUUCUACUUUUAAGUUACUGCCAUUUCCUUUACACUGAACACUGGUUUGCUCACUGGUACAGAUUCAUCUUUGGUCUUUUGACUCUUGUUUGGAGGUAAUUAAACAGCUUUCUGUUUGAAGGAA